AUGGCGGCAGCUUUGGCCGGUUUGGACAGCAGCCAGCCCAGUGGAUCAUUGAUGGACUUGUAUGGAUUCCCAGAACUCUACGGUUCAGUUAUCCAGGAGGCUGUCAAUAAUGGAUCAGGGCAACGAGACUUCGAUUGCCCGUACCGAGAAGCUCAAGAGAACGUCUCGGUCAACUACCUGAAAGCGUUCCCAGGUACCCAGACAUUCGCUCAGGUUCCUACCUCGAUGUUUGGCCCUGAUGGUUUAAACGUCACAUACUGGACGACAACCGAUUGGACAGGACCCGUGAACCAGACUACGACAGCUGGGAACAUCAGCGCCGGAGAUUACCCCAAGAACAUGGCCAGCGUUUGGCCGGAUGUCUACUCCUCUCGGUACGUUGGCCACUUCUACGCCAACGAGACGGGCCUGUAUUAUUUCUCCGUGUAUGGAAAUGGAUUGGGUAAUCUCUAUAUCGAUGACGACCUGGUUACGAGCUUAAAUGGAAGCAACUUUAACAUGGUGGCCCAAGGAGUGGUGAAGCUUACCGCAGGACAGGCUAAAGACUUCAACCACGAUGGUCUGGCCAAGGUUGCCAAGCAAGCGGAUUUGAGCAUUGUUUUCGUGAAUGAUGAGGUUACGGAGGGUCUUGACAAUAACAACGCUUUACAGCUACCCAGCAACCAGGACGAGCUCAUCUCAAAGAUUGCCAAGCACAGCAAGCGCACGGUAGUUGUUGUCAGCACCAACAGCGCCAUUCUGAUGCCUUGGUUGAACGAAGUUGACGCUGUCGUCGAGACUUUCUACCCUGGCCAAGAAAUCGGACCUGCGAUCGCACGCCUUCUCUUCGGUGAUGUGAACUUCUCAGGAAAACUUCCUAUUACAUUCCCCAAGGCUCUUGCAGAUACCCCAACCGCGGACAUUGAACGUUACCCAGGAGUCAACCUGAAGGCUAACUAUUUCGAGGGUCUCUUUGUUGGCUACCGCUGGUUCGAUGAAAACUCCGUGAAGCCUUUGUUCCCCUUCGGAUUCGGAUUGUCGUAUACUGAAUUUGAGCUGUCAAAGAUGAAAGUCAAAGUUGGUGGAAAGAAUGAGAAAUUCAUUGACAUCAAGGCCGAAGUCCACAAUACAGGAACUAUUUUUGGACAGGAAGUUGUCCAACUAUACGUACAGUUCCCCGAAGAAUGCCAGGAACCACCUAGACUUCUGAAGGGAUUCCAAAAGGUUGCCAUCGACUCGAAACGCAAGUCAAAGGUCGAAUUUACUUCGGGCGUUGAAAAUUUAUCCAUCUGGAUCACUGCUUCCAAGAAAUGGGAAUUUGUGCCUGGUCAAUACUCGUUUUUUGUGGGAACAUCUUCCAGGGACCUUCCCCUGAAGGAAUCCAUCCAUCUGAAAUAG